GCGCUGAUGGCCAUCCAGCAGGAGAGCUUGUUGCUGAUGAUGCUCUUCCUGUUUUUCUCGCUGCUCUCCGGGAUGUGCUUGCUGAACAUGCUGAUCGGCGUGCUGUGCCAGGUCAUGCACAACACCUCGAGACGGGAGGCCACCAAGAGGCAGCAGAAGGAGAUGGAGGUGUCCCUGUGGAACGCCUUCGUGCAGGUGGACAUCUCGGGCGACCGCACCGUGACGGAG